GACUACGGGCACCUCCAGCAGCGCCUGGACAACGUGGAGAAUCUCCUGAAGAACAGAAACUUCUGGAUCCUGCGGCUGCCCCCCAGCUCCCGGGGCGAGAUCCCCAAGGUGCCCCUCACGUUCGACGACGUCUCGGUGUACUUCAACGAGCAGGAGUGGGAGAGGCUGGACCGCUGGCAGAAGGAUCUGUACAGGGCUGUGAUGAGGGGCAACUACGAGACGCUGAUCUCCCUGGACUACGCGGUGUCCAAGCCUGACAUCCUCUCACGGAUCGAGAGGGAUGAAGAGCUCUGCGCCAAAGACGGUCGGGAGCCCCCGCAGGCAUGUGCCGGAGGAGAGCGGGAGCCCCCGCAGGCGCCAGAAGAGACGGACCAGAAGGAAGAGGCUCUGGGCGAAGAUGCCGUCCCCAUGGAAGCUGACACAG